AUGAAGCUUACAAACAUUAUUAUUAGGGAGAUCCUCCUCUUUCUUGAAUUCGAGGACUUAGCAGACAACAGACUCGAACUUAUCAGCAAGAAGUUCUAUCACAAUAUCAUGGAAGACAAUGAGUUGCUCAGAAGAAUGCUAGACAACUGUUUGGGCAUGAUCAAAGACUAUCAGAGAGAACAAGAGUACCAAGAUUCAAUAUUAGACAAUAGAAAUGCAACAAAUGGAGAACACAUUUCAGAUGAUACCAAAAAAAUUAAAAGAAAAUACAUGAAGAUUUAUGACGAUUCUAGUUCAAAUAGUAUCAGGCUUUUCAAAAGUUUAUCUAAAAGAAAAAGAAAACUACUUACCAUGUGUGAAAGAUCAACUGCAGGGCAUCAGCUCGGCAAAAAUAACAUAUCUGAUAUCUUCCAAGGAACUGGAAAUAAUUAUAACACUUGUCCUGAAAUCUAUUAUCCGAAUGGAUUAAUGUGAAUUACUCUUUUCCCUUACGCUCCAGAUCAAUAUAAUCGGAAUGGGGGUAAAAAUAGAGCCCUGCAAGCAGAACAGCUUGCUAAAAUUUAUAAAGUAAAGAGAAUUGAUGUUCCCAGAGGCACUUUGUUUAAGUAAUUCACCUACUAACAGCCUUGUACAACUUUUGAGCUAUUGAAAAGGAAGCAAUCUUAUAAAGGAGCAUUAAAGUCAAACCCCUAAAUAUCUUGUAGAGAGAAUAAUACUUCUAGAACUAUGAAUGGUCGGAAGCAUUGUGCUAUUGAGAAGCCUGGCUUCAUUCAAAAUUUAUUUUAAUGAAGAAAAUAUUCUCAGACUAGGAUUAUAAAGUUUAUCAUCA